AUGGAAGAACCUCAAAGUUCAAAUCUAAAACCUUCUUUGAAUUUGGUACUGUGUGGGAGAUUUGGAGUUGGGAAGACUUCAACUGCCAAUGCCAUCCUGGGAGACAGAAAGUUAAAUUCAUCAGAGUGUGUUAAACAUAAGGCAGAAGUGUGUGGUCAACUGAUUUCACUGGUGGAGAUGCCUGCUUUAUAUGGAAAAUCUGAGGAAGUAGCAAUGAGGGGAGCAUUCAAGAGUGUUUCUCUCUGUGAUCCUGAGGGUGUCCAUGCCUUCAUCCUGGUCCUACCUUUGGAUCCCCUUACUGAUGAAGACAAGGGCGAGGUGGAGACCAUCAGAAAUACACUGAGCUCUCAAAUCAAAGACUUGACAAUGAUUCUUUUUACUGUGGAGAUAGAUGCUGCACACCCAGAUGUUGUUAACUUUUUACAAAGAAACAAAGAGAUCCAAGAGCUCUGUCAGAGCUUCAGUGGCCGAUAUCUUGUCCUCAACAUCAACAACAGACAGCAGAUCCCUCAGUUACUGGAUGCUGUGGAAGAGAUUAAAAUGGCAUCCAAAGGCUUCAAAAAAGAAAUUAUUGCAAGACCUUGGAGGCACAGCAGUGCCAGAUAUAAAUCCACACAAGAAGAGGCUAGUUAUAAAACAGAGAGUCAGCAUCAUCUCAGGAUUGUGCUGAUUGGGAAGACUGGAAGUGGAAAGAGCGCCACUGCAAACAGCAUUUUGGGGAAACAAUGCUUCGUAUCAAAAACCAGCAUGCAGUCAGUGACCAAGCUCUGCCAAAAAGAAACAGUGGAGAUUGAUGGGCGUCCCGUUGUCGUGGUUGACACGCCUGGUUUGUUCGACACGACUCUGUCCAAUGAUGAAGUUAAACAAGAACUCAUGAAAUGCGUCACAAUGUUGUCUCCUGGACCUCACGUGUUCUUACUCGUCCUAGAGAUCGGUCGCUUCACGGAAGAAGAAAAGCAAACUGUGGAGCUCAUCAAAGACUUUUUUGGCAAAAAUUCAAACGACUUCAUCAUUGUCAUAUUCACCAGAGGAGAUGACCUUAGAAACCAAACAAUUGAGAGUUAUUUAAAAGAAGACUGCGACGGAUUCUUGAAGAAACUGACCGAGGAUUGUGGAGGACGAUACCAUGUCUUCAAUAACAAUGAUCAGAGCAACCGCUCUCAGGUCAGCCAGCUGCUGACCAAGAUUGACUCAAUGGUGAGGAAAAAUGGAGGUGGCUACUACACCUCAGAGAUGUUCAAAGAGGCUGAGGCAGCAAUACAGAAGGAAAUGCAGAAGAUCAUGAAGGAGAAGGAAGAAGCGAUAGAGAGACAGAAGAAGGACAUUCAAAGACAGCAUGAAAAGAAAAUCCAAGAGGCACAACAAAAAACUGAACUAGAAAGAGCAGCGAGAGAGAAAGCAUUAGAAGAAAAGGAGGAACUCAUUAAGAAAGAGGAGGAGGAGAAGAAAAGGUUAGAGGAAAAGAGAGCACAAGAGGAAAAGGAGAGAAAACAGAGGGAAGAAAUUCAGCGACAGCAAAGGAAAGAAGAAAUCCAAAAAGCAAGAAUGGCCUGGGAGAAAGAACAAAGAGAGUGGCAGGAAAAACAACUUCGAGAAGAGCAACAGAGAUUGGAGGAGCAAGCACGGCUGAAAAAGCUCAAAGAUGAAUAUGAGCAGGAAAAAAAAGAACAUGAACGCCGAGGAAAAGAAGAUCAGCUCAAAAAAGAACAGGAGGAAAAAGAAAGGAGAGAACUGGAACAAAACUUACAAAAACAAGUGGAGGAGAUGAGGAAGAAAAAUCAAGAGGAAGCCAGAAAGCAAGCAGAGGAGUUCAAUGAAUUCAGACAGCGAUUCACCACCGACUUUGCAGCUGUGGUAGAAAAGCAUGAAAGGGAAGUGGAGAACAUGAGGCUAAUGCAGCAAAAAAACAAUGACUACAUGAUUCAACAGCUGUGCAGGAACAAGACAUAUCAGAAGGACUUUGACCUGCUAAAGAAGAGACAAGAAGAAGAAAUGAACGAGCUCAGACCGUUUAUUCAAGACCAAAAACAAAUGCGUGAGCUACAGAAAACACAUGAGAAUGAAAUAAGUGAGUGGAUCCGGGAACAUGUAUCUAAAGCCACAGAAGAACAAACUUGUAGGUUUUUGUGA